AUGCCAGCUAAUUUAGAAGAAGAUCAGGGAAAAAAACAGUUAAAAGAAAAAGCAACCAGGAAAUUAGCAGCAAGUCCCGCGAAAAGUGGUGACGGUUCAACACGGGACAGUACGAAAAAAACACCACACGUGUCCUUUAUGGCUACCAUUAAAAAUGCAUUUCCCAUCAAAUUUUCAAAAAAUGAGGACAUGGAGAGGAAAUUGAAACGUGAAAGUCGCCUUCUGAAUCACAUGGAAAGAAAACUUGCUACUUACCAAGGAAAUACUAAAGAAGAUGAUCAAAGGCAUGCACUCGCAGAGCACUUACGCUCAAUUGCUCCGUUUAAUAGACGUUGGCAGGUAACAGAAACAAUUAAUGAAGGCACAUAUGGCGUGGUAUUUGCCGUAUGUGACGUAGAAACUGGCGUAGAAGGCGUAAUAAAAGUUGCAAAAGCAGUGGGCAAUGAUGCAGGCAAUCAAACUGCUGAAUGGGAAGGAUUUAUUCUUGAAAAAAUUUACAAAAACAACCCAAACGCUAGCAUUGUGCGACUGUUGGAUAAAGGUAUGCUAGCUGACCAGAACGGUGAAGGCAUGGAGUUUAUGGUACUUGAGAAGGCACAAUUCGGAAUUAUGGAGUGGCUAUCCAAAUUCAAUGGUUUGGAAAGGAAAUUGGCCGUAACUCGAGCCGCUCUUCAAAUGCUGAAAGGAAUUCACGACAUGCACCGCGAAGGUUUAUUACAUCGCGAUCUUAAACCUGAUAAUAUGGGAAUUUUAAGUAUGAAGCAACCUAUUGUUGUAUUAUUCGACUUAGGCAUGACGAGGAUGUAUACCGACGAGGACGGAGAGUGCCGAGUACCUCGGACUACAUGUCCAUUUCGUGGUACUCCAGAAUGGGCAAGUGGUUGGGCAUCAAAAGGUCGAGAACAAAAUCGUUUCGACGACUUAAUCGCUUGGAUGUAUGUGGCAUGUGAGCUAUAUGACCCUGCUUCAAGCAUUACACAACCUUUACCUUGGACUUAUCGGCAGAGUAAUCGAAUCUUCAAUUACCUGAAAACAAUAUACUGUCCAGCACAUAUUUUGCUACGACGAGCUCCACAACAAUUUUAUGAAAUUAAUACGUAUUUGAUGACAGCAAAUCGAAAUCUGACGCCACAAUACAAAUUCCUUGCAGACAAAACAAUGGAAGCAAUUACAGAAUUAGAAAAUUUACUGAAGCCAAAACUUCUCAAGAAUGCUCUUACUGCUAAAGCACAUAAAGAAAAGACUGAAGAUAAAAAUGCAAAAAAUAUCAAAACAACCAAAGUAAAAUAA